CAUUGAUUAAACGAAAAUCACGCCCUUUUUUAAAUUCAAUUGUAUACGCAUGUACCUUACCCAUACACAUGGAUACAUAUAUUUCAGUUAAUAACAAACCUUUGGUUAACUACACAUAUUUUAGAUUGGAGUGCAAUUUCGAAUAAAAAUGUCAAAACUCAAGCGAGCAAGUAAUUUUUCCAAAGCAGAAGAAGCUGUACUCAUUAAACUAGUUCUAGAGAACAAACACAUAUUGCAAAACAAAAAAACUGAUGCUAUAACAUCAAGGCUAAAGGUUUUAGCUUGGAAUGAACUUGCACAGAAAUAUAAUGCAUCAUCAUUUGUGGAGUUUCGAACACCAAAAGUUCUUAGAGAAAAGUACAAUAACAUAAUGCGCAACCUUCGUAAGGAAAAGGCCGACAGAAUGAGAGACGCUUGUAACAGUCCAUCUCCAAAACAAUGGAAAGAAAGCGAAAACGAUUCUCUGAUUGACGAGUUGAGCAUCAGGUUGUCAUCUAGGCACAAUGACGAUGGUGAGACCAUAGUCUUCGAAGAGAUAGAUAAUCGCAAUGAAUUGAAAACAGAGAUUAUCGAUUAUUACGACGAUGAGGAUUUCGAGGAAUGUGCUGAGGAAGCUAGAGAUUAUGAUUAUAGUUGCGUAAAUUCUGCAGAUAUUGACACACGAUUCGAUGGACAGAUAAUUGAUAAAAGCGAAGAAUACCAUUCUGCAACAUUGAAAAAUAAAGUUCUUAAUAGAACGAAAACAGAGCAACCCGAAAAAUUAGACACACAUAAUUCUGAUUUAAUUAAUUUAAAUAAACAAAUUCUGGAACAAAAAUAUCAUCAUGCAUCCUUAGAGCAUGAACAAAAGAUGGAACAUGCUCGUUUAGAACACGAACAGAGAAUAUCGCAAUCUAAUGAGGAACAUAAAUUAAAAAUAAAAAUUUUAGAGGCUGAGUUAGAGUCCAAGAAAUUUUCAGGGAAAACUUACAAACGAUAAAAAUAUUAUUUAAUAUUUUAUUUUAUGUUAUGUUGUAUGUACUUAAUUGAAUAAUUUUGAAACUGAUUUAAAACAAAAUUCAGGAGUAGUCUAAGAUUUAAGCUGCACAUGUUUUUUUUCUAAUAGGUACCUACCUAUCUUUUUUAUUUAUACUUACAAACAUGUAUUAUUUUCAAUAUAUGUAUAUGUACAUACAUAUUUAUUUUAUAAGCUACUCAAUUUUGUAAAGCUUUGAAUCUAAAGACUAAUUAUAAACCAUAAGAUUUUAUGCGAAUCUAUAGCGGAAAAAUAUCAUAAUUCAAAACCUGUGUUAAAAUUUAAACCUGAUAAUUCAAAACCCGUGUUAAAAUUUAAACCUGAGAAUAAAGAAACAAAAUACG